AUGAUCCCCAAUUCGGAAGGCGAUCAGGUUUUCGUGAGACCACCUGAACUACAAGUAAAGCAAAACAGGAGCCUGACAACGUGGGAGUUGGCCGGUGGCCUGGAAAUGUCACAAGCGACCGUGAAUAAGUCUCAGCAGGCUGGGGAUUUGGGAUCUGGGUGGUGUUUGGACUUUCCGCUUAACCGCUGGCGUGGCCUGCCAGGCUCAGAGGCGAGGCCCCCCUUGCCCCCACAGAAGACGCAGUGUGGAGUGGGCGGCCGUCGGCGUCGUGUGAGUCAGACACGCUUUAAUCUUGAUGUGCAGGGUAGUGCCACCGCUACCUGUGACUCGCUGUCUUUUAUUCGGCCUUCACACCGGCCGCCUGCUCAGAAUAUGCGAAACCCGCUCUGGUUGUUUUUGCGGUGGGUGUUGCCUGUUGAGCACGGCAUGGUGCGUUGGCGUCUACCGCUCAUGCGGAAAGGCAGGCGAACGCUUGGCUGCGUCCACCUCCUCCUCUACCGUCUUCCGGUGUUGUUAAUGCGCGUUCCAGUAAAUUAG